CAAUUUCUAAUGUUAGGGUUAAUAGCUUUGGAAUUUUGUGACAACAGAGAAGAAUGAGUGACGGUGAUUUGUAUUAUGGAACGUCAUUAGGGUUGGACUCAGUAAAAACUAUUGCAGAGAGUAUAGGAAUAGGCAAUCUUCCGGACGAUGCAGCGAAGGAAUUAGCAGACGAUGUUUCUUACAGGUUAAAACUAGUUAUCCAAGAUGCAAUGAAGUUCAUGCACCAUGGGAAAAGGCAAAAAAUGUUGGGACCUGAUAUUGACAAUGCUCUGAAAGUGAAAAAUGUUGAGCCACUUUAUGGAAUAUAUGCACCAGACCACAUUCCUUUCCGAUUUGCAUCUGGUGGGGGUAGAGAACUUCAUUUCAUAGAAGAAAAGGAGGUUGAACUGAAUGAUGUAGUCAAUUUACCCCUGCCGAAAUUACCUCUGGAAGUGUCAUUACGAGCCCACUGGCUGUGCAUAGAGGGAGUCCAGCCAACUAUUCCUGAGAAUCCACCACCAGUUUCAAAAGAAGUACAGAAAGUGGAAAGCAUUGAUCCUGUUAGUAAACUCAAGAAGCCAAACAAAAACAAAACAGAUGCUGCAGGGAAACUGACAGCACCAGGUGUGCAGAAACUUCGUAAUGUUGAAACUGUUCAUGUGAAGCAGUUGGCUACUCAUGAACUAUCUGUUGAGCAACAGUUGUACUACAAAGAAAUCACUGAAGCUUGUGUUGGUUCAGAUGAAACAAGACGAGCAGAAGCAUUGCAAAGCUUAGCAUCGGAUCCUGGUUUGCAUGAAAUGCUGCCACGUAUGUGCACUUUCAUUUCUGAAGGUGUUAAAGUCAAUGUCGUGCAGAAUAACCUUGCACUUCUCAUAUACCUCAUGAGAAUGGUGAAGGCUCUUCUUGAUAACCAGUCACUAUAUUUGGAAAAAUAUUUACAUGAGCUGAUUCCUUCAGUAGCGACAUGCAUUGUCAGCAAACAGCUGUGUAUGCGGCCAGAGCUUGAUAACCAUUGGGCUCUCAGAGACUUUGCGUCACGACUAAUGGCACAAAUCUGUAAAAAUUUCAAUACAUCGACCAACAAUGUGCAAACUCGUGUCACUCGUAUGUUCAGUACAGCUCUGCGGAAUGAGAAGACUCAACUGUCUUCAUUAUAUGGAGCCAUUGAAGGUCUUUCAGAACUUGGGACUGAGGUUAGCAAGGUGUUUAUAUUGCCCCGAGUCAAGCAAGUAGCUGAUCGCAUAGAGGCUGCUUUGGAAGGGCCUGUAUUAAGUAAUACUGAUAAGAUUGCUGCUGGUCACAUAAAGCAUCUGUUAGUGAAAGUGCUGACACCGCUUCUUAAGGGACUCAGGCAGCCUCCUGAUGUACUAGAUGAAUAUCGGGCAGAAUUUGGAUACCUAGGGCCUGCCCUACAUGCAGCUGUUACCAAAGCAAGGACGCAGCCACAGCCAUGUCUCACAACUUCCACUGCUGUUACUACAGCAACCCCUGGUAGUCUGCAGCCUCCUCGUCCUACGCCAGCACUGGUUCAAGCAGGAAACACACAGCAAAGCAGGACAUUUGUGGUUGGUGGAGCGUCUGCAAACAGACCUGUUGUAACUCCUAACACUGGUUCAAAAUAUGUCAUUGUAACAUCUCGUCCACCAACACCAAGUCAGACUCUACAGACCUGCGGAGCACCUUCCAAUCCUGGAGCCACAGUAGUUAAGUUUGUGACAUCGGCACAAGCAGUAACUACACAGAAGGUGGUUACUGCAUCAGCAGGAAGUUCUCAGAUGACAAAGUUGGUUGUAGUUUCAAUGACAAAUUCUGGACAAACUUCAAGUAACAGCUCAACUCUUGUGACACAGGCUAGCUCAAACCUUGGAGUGAAGUCUGUGUUCGUGACACAAGGUCAGCAGUCUGUGAAACUUGAAUCAUCUGUGCCACAAGAUGAGCACCACCUCGGUUGACAUAAACUGUUUAGCUGGUGAAUUUCUCAAUUCACCAACAAAGUUAAUCAUUUGUACAAAAAUGUAAAUACAUGUAAGAACUUUUUUAUUUCAGAAAUAAGUGUGAAAUUAUGGGGAAAAAACUGAGUGUUGCAAGUGGCUUUUAAUCUAUAUCUGCAAAAUGAUAACAAUGCAUUCAAAAUUUAAAAGUUGCUGUCACUAAUUUCCAUUAUUAUUGUUUACAAAAAGUGGUCAGAUAGCAACAUAACCAGUAACUGUCAUUUUAGCUAUGUAAAGAAAAGUAUUGUAUCACUGUACAUGACGCCAAUUUCAUUGAUGUUUGUAUAUAUUAUCCUGGCACAGUAUACACAAUGUGAAUUAAGUACUUUCCUUACCUAGCAGAAGUCGCCCCCCCCCCCCCCCCCAAAAUUGAUAUUUUGUUUUUGGACUAGUAUGCUAUUUAAGUCUCAGGAGAUGCCACUUUGGGCUGCCUGAUCUUUAUAACCAUGCUCAAAAUAUUGUACACUGUAUCCAGGUGAUUAAAUUUUUUCUACUAUGCAUGCUCUCCUGAAGACAAACAUAUCUGCAUUAAAAGGCAAUCAUUUUCAUAGUAAUUGCUUUUAUGAACAAUUUUCUCAACCUGCUAGAUGGUGAGUAGUCUCCAGGAGACUGUGGUUUCCAUCUGCACCUUCAUUUUUUUCCUCGGAUACUUAACUAGAUAUUGUUGUAGCUAAACAUCUAAGAAUCUGAUAGAGUAAAAUAAAUACUUUUUUAUUACA